AUGCCGGGUCCGAAUCCUAGCGCUACCAGUGUGGGUGCCUCUAGUCGCUCCCCGAGCAAAGCAGUAGCUCCGCGAGCUACGGGAUCCACUGUACGACAGAGGAAAAAUGCUAGUUGUGGAACAAGGAGUGCAGGUCGUUCAACUUCUGCAGGUACUGGAGGAAUGUGGAGAUUUUACACAGAAGAUUCCCCUGGCCUCAAAGUAGGUCCUGUUCCCGUUCUCGUUAUGAGUCUUCUUUUUAUUGCAUCUGUAUUUAUGUUGCAUAUCUGGGGCAAAUACACUCGUUCAUAG